CUUUACUUGUUCACAGUUAUCCUGUUAACGGCAGGGCACGAUCUUAAGACAGUAAAUGAUGAAAGGGCGCAACCAGGCGGCGACCACUUUGGAAGACGUCCAGGACCUGGUGAGUCCCAACGCCGCCAUGCUGCGACUGUUGGGGCUGUGGAGCGCGCCGGGCUCUGCUGGUGAAGGCACCAGGGGCGUCGCAGCUUUGGCGCGCGGAUGGUUCUGCUGGGUCAUGGUGCUGUUCAUAGCGGCCACCAGCGCGGGCAAGCUGUGCCUGGACACCCCUGAGGAGCUGACCGCGCUGGCCGACUACGGCUACGCUGUGUUUCAUUUGACUGCCGUUACAGUGAAGGUUGCCUGCUUCAUUCUGCAGAGAAGCACUAUUCAAGAACUUGUGAAGCAACUGGCGUACAGCAGGAAGACAUACGGAAGAAGACAGGCCGACAAUCUUGUCCGCGAGUUCUAUCAGCGCCGCGCCACUACUGUCUACCGCAUCUUACAGGUCUUAGCGCUGGUAGUGAUCUGUUUGUGGAUCAGCGCACCGUUGUUGCAGUACAAGACAGCUGAUGAAUUUCCUGAUUCAGAGGAGGUCGACCGACAGCCGCCGCAUCCAAUCUGGAUUCCGCCACGGUCGCCGGAGUACGAGAUAGUGUACUCGGUACAGGCGCUGUGCGGCACCAUGGCGGUGCAACUCUCCAUGCUGAUCGACGCCUCCUUCUACAAGCUAAUGAUGCUGGUGACAGCCGAGCUGCAGAUUCUCAACGACAACCUGGCAGUGCUCGGGAGAGCGGACGCUUCUGCCGAGCGAAAGGGCAGCUGUCCCACUAAUGUGCUCGGACAGGAAACAGAUGAUGUUGCUAUUCAACAGAUCAAACAAACUGCUGCUCCAGUCACUGAGCAUAACGACCAUCCAAGAAAGCUACUAUACUGCCAGCUGGUGGAAAACAUACGUCACCAUCAGGUCGUUGUAAAGUGUUUCAACCUACUGCAGCUGGCGAUAACCUACUCUAUUUCUAUUCUUCUGCUCUCCAACAUACUUACGGUGUGCUUCUCCAUCUUCGUUGUUUCUGUGCUGUUGCAGAGUGAUGGAGGUUUGAAAAGAGCGAUGAAAACAAUAGCUGGAAUUCCUAGCGUAUUAAGAGAGGCUGGAAUGUAUUGCAUAUUUGGUCAAAUGGUUGUCAAUCAGAGCGAGAGGCUGCGUCAAUCUGCCUACAGCUGCAGCUGGGUUGGCGCUGAAGCUCCUUUCAAACGAGCGCUCGUCAUAUUCGUGAUGAGAACAUCGCAACCUCUGGAGUUCUCAGUGGGCAAGUUAAUUAAGCUGUCCAGCGAGACGUUUUUAAAGAUUCUGAAUAGCUCAUACACUCUUAUCAAUCUUCUGCAUCAGUUCCAAGGGCCAAAAGAUUGAACUUCCAGAGAAGACCACAUGACAUGGCAAAAAGGAUGCUUCCAGUGCAGCAGCAAUUUACACGUAACUUUUUAUCAUGUCACAAACAGAAGACAUUACAUUUACUAAUAAUGUCUAAUGUUUGUGAUGAGAUA